AUGUCGGCAGUAUCUACGAAUGACAAGGCCACAGUAUUGACGCUCAAGAAACGUCUUUCUGAGCCUGAUAGAGACCUUAUGGCUAUCAUUGAUUCGCUCAGUUCUAUCAACAUGGACAAGCAGCUCUUGAAAGAGACUAUGAUUGGUAAAGCCUUGAACAAAGCGGCCAAUGCUGAUGAGACAACACCACGGGCCAAGAAGGCCGCAAAGAACCUCAUGGGGGCUUGGAAGAAGAAGAUUGAUUAUAAGCCUUCAUCAGGCCAUCAUCACUCUCAUCCGAAAUCGGUCUCUAGUGCGGAGUCUGCGAUGGAGAACUCGUCGAAGCCAGUGAAUGGUCAACCUACUGCUGAUGCCUCGACAACUGAUGGCAGCUGCAGCAGUAGCAGUGGAAAUACUGAUCUCACGUCUGUCAUGGAAGUAGCAAGAUGCGGUGAUCCGAAGAGAGACAAGAUUCGCAAUCUUCUAUUCAAAGCACUGAGGCCUAGACGGAAUCCAGAAGAGGCUGAACCCGCCGUCAGGGCUGUAGAGAUUGAGGAAGAGUGUCAUUCAAAGCUGUCAGAAAGGGAGUACUUGUCGCAAAUACGAAGCAUCAAAUACAACUUGACGGACUCCUCGAACCCUGAUUUUCAAUGGAAGGUGCUUGUAGGAUUAUUUCCUCGUGAUAAGUACUCUACCCUGACUUCAGAAGACAUGGCAUCAGAGGCUAAGAACCAGCAUCGUGCCAAUGCAGCCAAAGCUGCUCUGGAGGAAUGUCAGUCCGAUUGGGCUAUGCGUCAUGGUGCGAUACAGAAGAGUGGCAUGUUCCAGUGUGGAAAAUGCAGGAAGAGUCAGACGACAUACUUUCAAAUGCAGACUCGUUCUUCUGAUGAGCCAAUGACUACGUUCGUUACCUGUUUGAACUGCGGCAACAAGUGGAAGUUCUGCUAA